AUGGCUCAAGCCAAGAAAAAAUCGCUUAGUGCUCUGGUCGAAGAGUUUGAUCUAGAUAAUGAGAUAAAAUUCAACAUUAGGUCUAAGAAUGGUUUAUUUGGCGAGUUCGUUUGUCCAAGACGCAAUCGGAAUUCGAACGAAACUUUCUCAGCCCGUUUAUAUAAGUCAGCGAACCUUUGGUUUGAGUUAAAGUCACAAGAAAUGGUCAUUCAUGACUGGUUAAAGAAACGCCGGUUUGAAAGACAAGUUCUGCUGGAGAAAAAAGUGUUAAUAGGAUUAUCAAACGUAUCAACUAGCGAUGAUGAAGAAGAAAAGAUAUAUGUUUGUUUACACACCAUUAGCGACAAAUCAGGUGAAUUAGUCCCGUCACGGAGCAUGAACAUUCCAAUAUCGAGUUGGUAUUGCCUAAUGGAACAGCAAGGUCCGAUUGAAUAUUACAUGCCAAGCGUCACCAGAAAACGCAAAAGUGAAGAUGACGAACAUAAAAAAAUCAAACUAUUUCGUUAUAGUUUAGAGAAAUUCGAAAGUAACGAGACGAUUGAAGGAGAAUGGAAAAAGACAUCUAAAAAGGACUUCAUGCAAGAAGUCCUGAAACUAAGCGCUCAAGGUAAAGCAGCUGUAAUACAACAAAAUAUAGCCGUACCAUCAACUAAGGAUCUAAUACGUUUCGUACUUGUAUUUGCCUUGAGGUGUAAGCUGCUAGAAGGGAUUCUCGAAGAAUCUUGUCACGCGUGCUCUUUGGAAAUGGAAUCUUCGGAGCACCAUACCUGCAAGCAACCUUUCCAAGAGAGGGUGGCCUCAUGUUAUGACAUCGCUUUGAAACAAAUAAUCCCCUACGAGAUCCGCACUUAUAUGAAUAAAUUGUGUCGAUUUCUCGAAAUCGAUAGUAUCAAACAAUUCACAAUGCUGCAAAAAGAAAUUGAAAAAGAGGACCUAAAAGAUAACAUUAUAUCUCCAAGUCAGGAACAAGAAAUAGUCAACGAAAUUUUGAAGGUUUAGAAACCAACUUUUGAAAUAGGACUUGAAAGAUCCGUUCACACGUGAGUUAUAUUUGUGUGAACUUUCUUUUGUAAUAUAACAGUAAGUAAGUUGAGUAAGAAUUAUGUGAACUCGUUUUGUAAUUUAACAUUAGUAUAUAUAUAUAUAGUAUCAAAAUUAAUGAACCUGAAAUGACUUUAUUAAUAUAAAUGAACUUGCUUAGGUGGUGGCGGUACCAUUCAAACA